GUCCUCAUAGGGAGCUGCUCCAACCCUCGGAUCAUCUUUGUAGCCUCCUCUGCACCUCUCUUAGACCUGGGCCAUGCCUUGUUGAAUCGCAUAGGAAGAGUGAGAACAAGAAACCAGCUCAGACUCCUCUCUCCAUCCAUCAAACCCCUCAUCGACAGGAGGAACAGGAACAACACAGCCCUGCUGCAGCCCAUAGUGUUACGCUGGUGACUAGAACGGCGCGCACAAUCCCUGACAUCAAGCGUUAACACCCACACAGCACUGCGAGCGCACUCCUGGGCUGGUGGCGUUCAGAGGCACCGAGCUCAGACCAGGCGAGAGUGUGGAAGCAGGAACCCGCUGCAAUCAUCCCGUUUCAGCCAUCGCGGCAGUCCCUGCAGCCGUGUCGCAAGCAGGAUCCUGAUAACAGCAGCUCUCUGAGCCGCUGGAGAAGGCUGAUGGAUGAGACAUUGCGUUAUCCAGUCACGCUGAGGGGAGCCAACAGCAACAAAAGGCUCAAGAGUUUGUAGAGGAAUGAUGACAACAGAUGACAGUGCUGCACGUUUGCUCAGAGGCUCUAACCUUGAUUAACAACCAAGGUUCAACCUCAGCACUCCUCCAGCAGAGGAUGCAGGAAAGACACAACAGGGCGAUGCUCCGGGAAAAGCCCGACGCUCCUGCCUCCGUCACAUCGCUGGCCCCAGGAGAGUCCCCGCGUCCACCAACGGGUUUGGGAUCCGGUGGAAACCCGUUACAGGAUGUUUCCCAAAUCACACAUGGGAAUGUGGCGCAGUCCUGCCCACCCCCCUGCCUCCCCAGGGCCAUCCUGGCCAGUGCCUCAGUUUCCCCCUCGCUGAGAACAACGCUCUGGAUGUGUUAUCCCGGUCUCCUUGCUCUUGAAUGAGUUAGGGCACCGCGGCUUCAUGUGAGAGAUGGCGAAUGCCGAAGUCAGCGUCCCUGUGGGUGAUGUGGUGGUUGUACCAAGUGACGGAAACGAAGGGGAGAAUCCGGAGGAUACCAAAACCCAAGUGAUUUUGCAGCUGCAGCCGGUGCAGCAAGGGAUUUACCAGGAGGGCUCUGAGGCCAGCGCUGCCGUAGUAGCCGUCGAAACGCACACCAUCCACAAGCUAGAAGAAGGGAUCGACCCCAGCACCAUUGAAACGAACGAGGAGAUCGAGAUCGCCUAUCCCAUCACCUGUGGGGAGAGCAAAGCCAUCCUGCUCUGGAAGAAGUUUGUCUGUCCGGGAAUUAAUGUCAAGUGUGUAAAGUUCAAUGACCAGCUGAUCAGCCCCAAGCAUUUCGUUCACCUGGCUGGGAAGUCUACCCUGAAGGACUGGAAGAGAGCCAUUCGCCUCGGAGGAAUCAUGCUGAGGAAAAUGAUGGACUCGGGGCAAAUCGACUUCUACCAACACGACAAAGUUUGCACCAACACUUGUCGAAGCACCAAAUUCGAUCUCCUGAUCAGCAGCGCCAGAGCACCGGUGCCGGGACAGCAGAGCGUGGUGCAAACUCCUACGUCGGCCGAUGGGAGCAUCACCCAGAUCGCGCUGUCGGAAGAGAGCAUGGAGGAGGGGAUCGAGUGGAACUCGGCUCUGACGGCUGCUGUCACCAUGGCCACUGAGGAAGGCAUGAAAAAGGACACGGAGGAGAUCUCAGAGGACACACUGAUGUUCUGGAAAGGAAUAGCUGAUGUGGGGCUGAUGGAAGAGGUUGUGUGCAACAUCCAGAAGGAGAUAGAAGAAGUCCUACGAGGUGUCCAGCAGAGGUUGGGGCAAUCUCCCUUCCAGAUGACAGAUGCCGCCGUCUUGAACAACGUUGCGCACACAUUUGGCCUCAUGGACACCGUCAAGAAGGUUCUGGACAACAGGAAGAACCAGACAGAGCAAGGAGAGGAGCAGUUUCUUUACACACUGGCAGACCUGGAGCGGCAACUGGAAGAGCAGAAGAAACUCGCCAAGGACCAGAAGGCAAAGUCCCAAACCAUCCAGAACGUGGUGCUGAUGCCUGUCAGCGCUCCCAAGCCUCCCAAGAGACCCCGCCUGCAGCGCCCAGCCUCCGCCACCGUCCUCAGCCCUUCCACCCCCAUCCAACAGCCGCAGUUCACGGUCAUCUCACCCAUAGCUAUCGCACCUGUCGGACAACAGUUCUCCAUGGGCAACAUCCCGGUGGCAACCAUUAGCCAAGGCUCCAGCCCGGUGACUGUUCAUACCUUGCCAUCCGGCUCUCAGCUCUUCCGAUACGCCACUGUGGUGUCCUCAUCCAAGACCAGCUCCUCCGACACGGUCACCCUUCACCCGUCCUCCAGCCUGGCGCUGCUGAGCUCGGCGGCGAUGCAGGACAGCGGGGCCUUGGCCAACGUCGCGGCCGUGGUCAACCCCGUGGAACUGGUGGCCAUGGAGUCCGGCCUCACUUCCACCAUCCAAGCUGUGGAAGGCACCUCGGAUGAUGGGCAAACCAUCAUAGAGAUCGACCCAGCGCCGGAUCCUGAAGCGGAUACGGAUGAGUCGGAGGGCAAAGCUGUGAUCCUGGAGACAGAGCUGAGGACUGAGGAGAAAGUGGUGGGAGAUGUGGAGGACCAUCAGCACCAGGUCCAUAACGUGGAGAUUGUGGUCUUGGAGGACUAGUUGGGAAGGCGAGCGUCCGUUUGGGGAAGAGUUGGGAAUUUAUUUUAUUUUGGGCUUUUUUUGUUAAGCAUCUUUUCCAGCCACCCCGUUUGUUUCCGUGGAUAUUUUCAUUGUACUGUGUAUAAUAUAUAUAUAUAUAUAUGAUUUUUUUUUUUUUUUAAAACAAAAAAGCUGGAGAAACACGCGAGACCUGGAAAAGUCUCCGUCUCCGUGGAGCACUGAACAAUACCGCCUGUUUGCAGGGUGAAGGAGAGACUGGAUCUCUGCUGAGCAGCCCAAGAACAAGGGCUCGCGGCGCCGAGAGCGCACCGUGGCCCAUCCCGCGCGCGAUGCUCCUGCCUCGGGCUGCCCGGCCCCGCUCGUUUUCUUUCAGAGAGACAAUAACCAGUGGCUGGAGCUUUGAUGUGACUUCGGGAAGGGGUGACGGCCUUGGGGUGGAACAGGUACCUCAUUUGUAUUUUUAUUUUGCCCCAGGGAAGGGAUUUCUGUUGGACAUCUUCACUGUCACCUCAACUGAGAUGGUUUUGUUACCGCUCUUGCUUUGGGGAAGACGACAGUACCGCUGGGUUUACUGUCCACGUUCUCCCUUUCCUCCUCCAUACAGAUUGGGUUUAUAUCUAUGGGGUUUUUUUUUGUAUUUGUUUGCUUUUUCCCUUCCCUUUGUCCGCAGUUCCCAGCUGUGAAGCCUUGGGAUCUACUCUAGGACAGAGAAUCCCAAGCCCACCUCUUCCCAUGGCACUUUUCCCCCAUCCCUUUCCCUGCCUGGCCAGGCUUGGUGCUGCAAACGCCGCUUGGAGACUCCAAAAUGCCCCGAAAAUAUCAACUCAAGCUGAAACCCACGACCUCCCCCUUCACUUCCCAGCGCUGCAGGGACCUUUCGGGAUGUACAAAGCAUGUUGUGCUCUCGCUUUCCUGGAGAGCUGAACUCCGGAUCGGAGCAGCUCCUGUUUACACUGUGUGCUGGGGCUGCUCCGUGCUUGUCGCUACUCGUUUGGUGGUUUUAUUUUUGUAUUUUUCUUCUUUCUUCCUAUAAUCUCUUGGCAGGAUUAGAACCGGCACGUUGCUGAAAUCAUGUGCGCUUUGCUCUUUUCCCUCUUUCCCUCUUCUAAUUUUUUUUUUUUGUCCCUUUUUGGGAGGAUGGAAAGGGGGGAAGCGCCGGGUGCGGAGGUUUA